AUGGACACAAAGGUGGACAUGUGGUUCACGGACGGGUCAGGCAUAAACAAUUGCUUUGGAGCAGGAGUAUAUGGACCUGGGGAAAACCAUAGGGAGAGUAUUCCAAUAGGAGGCGACUGCACGGUCUUUAUGGCAGAGAUGCUCGCCAUCCUCAGAUGUGCCGAACUGAUCCUAACCAAGGGAACAAAUUGCAGGAAAAUAUAUAUCUGCACGGACAGUAGGGCAGCCCUUCUGGCGUUGGCGGGUGCGACCACCGAGUCAUACUUGGUAUGGGACUGCAUGCUGGCGCUGGAGGAGCUGUGCGGAAAAAACAAAGUAACGUUAGUCUGGGUACCCGGGCAUCAGGGCAUACCGGGAAACGAAAUAGCAGACUCACUGGCUAGAGAAGGGGCUAGCAAAGCACCACAUAGUCGGGAGGUGGGAGUGCCCUUUACGAUGGGCAAGAACUUCAUCAGAGACAGUAUAAAUAAACAACACAAGGCCAGGUGGGAAAAUCUGAAAUCCUGCCGACAGGCUAAAUUUCUGAUGAAAGACAUAAAUGGUAACAGAACCAAAGAACUACUUACACUAAAUAGGCAGAAAUUGAGGAUGGGGAUAGGACUGCUGACAGGACAUUCACCAAUACUCAAAGCCCACCUAUUCAAUAUCAGACUCGCAGACAGGAAGGAGUGUCGACUAUGCGGGGAGGAAAAAGAGGACAGCAUACAUAUUCUGUGCCAAUGUCCGGCUCUGGCUAGAAAGAGAUUCAGGAUCUGGGGACAAAGUUUUCUUAAAUCCCAAGAAUUAGACAAAACAAGGGUGGUGGAACUCAUAAGCCUAGUGGAGAACUCUGGGCUGAGUACACAUCACCCAGUUUAA